CUUGCUGCCACAGUAACACGAGUACAAGGACAGCGACCACACCCUCCUCGCAGUCCACGCUCUGACCCUCUUAUCCAUCCACCACCAUCGCCAUCCACUCCUCGCAGCCGGGCUCCAGCCUCAGCUCUCCUCACGACACUCCCCCCACUGCCAGCUGCUCUUGACCAGCUGACCAGCCUUACCACAGCAGCCCAACAUACCACCAGGCUCAUGCAGCAUCUCACCCACCUUGCCUUUAACCUUCGCCUUUGACCCUCUAAGCCUCCACUCGGUCCUCAGUGUCCUUAACCUUUGUGUAGUACCCAGGCUAUCACCAUUGUUGCCUGCUCCACUGCACCUAACCAGAGGCUCUGGGUUUGGCCUGCUCAUUUGUUUGCCACUUUGGCUUUACAGUGCUGCAGAUAAGACCGUUAAGCAAGCAAUAAACAGCGAGAGAGAAAUUUCAAGUCAAGAGUGGCAGCUUAAUUAUUAGGCUCAGCUGUCUCGUGGAUAUAAUCACUUUGUCAGAGGUUGGUUGAUCAGGAAAAUGAUCCAAUAACAUCAACAGAGAAACAUCGUCCUGUAACAUUUCACUCUGGACAAGGAGCUCUCUCAAUCGAUAGGAACUUUCCUUUCUGAAUGUUUAAUUUCAUCAUCAUACACAAGUGUUACAGACUUUAACCAUACCAACAAUAAACAAACAAAAAAAGACCUUAAAGUUGUGGAUUAAAACACUAGAGGUACUUUAUUCAAGCGUGAACAGAUCUGAGCUUGGAUACCCUUUCCCAGCGUGUUGCCAUGGCAAUGAACAUAGCACAUAUCCGUGACACAAAGUGGCUGACACUGGAGGUAUGUAGGGAGUUCCAGAGGGGCACAUGCUCACGGUCUGACCAGGAGUGCAAGUUUGCUCAUCCUGCCAAGAGCUGUCAGGUGGACAAUGGACGGGUCAUCGCUUGCUUCGACUCGCUAAAGGGCCGUUGUUCCAGGGAGAACUGCAAGUAUCUGCACCCUCCUCCCCACCUAAAGACCCAACUGGAGAUCAAUGGCAGGAACAACCUGAUCCAGCAGAAGAACAUGGCCAUGCUGGCCCAGCAGAUGCAUCUCGCCAAUGCCAUGAUACCUGGCGCACAGCUACCACCUAUGCCCAUGUUUUCAGUGACUCCAGGCCUGGCCACCAAUGCUAGCGCAGCAGCAGCCGCUGCAGCCGCGGCCUUUAAUCCCUACCUGAGCCCUGUGUCACCAGGCCUGAUGCCCCAGGAGAUCCUGCCCAACACCCCUGUCCUCAUGGCUUCUAGCCCUACCGUCAACCAAGUUCCAAACGCUGCUGCUGCUGCAGCCCAGAAGCUGCUGAGAACAGAUAGACUUGAGGUGUGUCGGGAGUAUCAGAGGGGCAACUGUUCUCGGGGGGAGAACGACUGUCGCUUCGCCCACCCUGCAGACAGCACCAUGAUUGACACCAAUGACAACACUGUCACCGUGUGUAUGGACUACAUCAAGGGUCGGUGCACCAGGGAAAAGUGCAAAUAUUUCCACCCGCCUGGACAUCUGCAGGCCAAAAUCAAGGCUACCCAGCACCAGGUGAACCAGGCCACAGCCGCCGCGGCCAUGACUCAGUCGGCUGUCAAAUCACUGAAGCGACCCCUCGACGCAACCUUUGACCUGGGCAUCGCCCCUAGUGUCAUGGCUCCCCUGCCAAAGCGGGCAGCCCUGGAGAAGGCCAACGGGGCCACUGCCAUGUUUAACACCGGCAUGCUCCAGUACCAACAGGCCCUGGCCAACAUGCAGUUUCAGCAACAGGCUGCUUUCCUCCCAUCAGGCUCAAUAUUGUGCAUGACACCUGCAGCCAGCAUUGUUCCCAUGAUGCAUGGUGGUAAUCCAGCCACUGUGUCUGCAGCCACCACAUCUGCCACAAGCGUUCCCUUCGCAACUGCCUCCACCAAUCAGGACUCUUCCUUAUCAAAGUUGACUACCAACGAAUACAUGCAAUUGAUUCCAAUAAUAUCUGCAGAUCAUCUGAGUAGUCACAAGUACUUGACUCAAAUGUAGUUCCUCUUGAGAACAAUCAAAUGAAUGUGUGCUGGCACCGUCCAAGCCAAAAGAGUUCAGCCUUUAUGUACAUAACCUUCAGAAUGUCAAGCAAUGGGACAAGGAGGGUCUGCCAUCUCUUAUCCGGUCCGCAACGAUGGUCUCAUCACACAUAUAGAUAUCAAGGGUGCAACAUACAGUAUAAUCUCUGCCAUCUUCCCACAUAUCAACGUCAAGUUCUCUAAUUCAACGUCCAGCACAGAGAAGAGUAUAGUUUGGUGCCGUGGUCAGUGUGGCAAACAUUCACAUUACACUUCUGUGUCUGACUAAACCACAGCACUCAAUUUCUUCUAAUUAUUAUUAUCACUGCACGCACAGAAGGUUGAGAGCGUGUUCGCACAAGACAACAUCCAGUGCUGGUACGUUCGUAGACCAAGAUUUUUCUUUCCUUUUUUAUUAGUCCUGCAUUAUUUUGUUUAAUCGAUAGCCAUAUUUCAGAGUUUACAAGUGGAGGGAAAACAUGCACCUUGAAUUUGAAUUGAAAGGCACAAUGAUUUUAACAGGAAGUUUAAUUACCAAAAGAAUUAGGCAUGUACAGUAUUGUGUUUUUACGGCUACUAGUGAAACUAGAUCUUGAAAUGAGGGUCUUGGACAUAUGAAUGUUCUGGGUAAACCAACAUACCUGUGUACCUUGAAAGCACAGCCAGGCUAGCUUUUCUCACCUUAUCGGGUGCCAUCAAGGCCAUACAGCUAAAAUCAGAGUGUUAUCUCAGCAGUGUUAUUUGUUAUUUGUUUACCGAAGGUAAAAGUUUUGUAUGGCUCUUUUUGUAUUGUUUCAUUUUGAGAAUCCCCAUUAUGAGUGUUUGUAAUUUUUUUCAUUUCUCUGAUUAAUCUGUUUUAAAAAUGGGAUUCUCACCUUUUUUAUGUUUUUCUUUUAAAAUCAAAAAUGGAGGGUUUUUCUAAAGUUUGUCAUACCUCUUUUUAUAGACUAGUGUUGUUUUUGUUUGCUGGGAUUAAGUUGUUGCUCACGUCCAUUGACUCUAAAGCCUGGUAAAGUAGAGGGUGUAGCUUCAGUUGACAUUGUGUUACCUUGCUCUCCCUCUGCUCUUUUAAAGAGGAGUGACUCUAAAACUGUGUCUCCAAGAAACACUGUUGAGCCAUGUGUUGAUGGGAAUUGCAAAAAGCAGACCCUCUAGGUGUUUUAGGUCAUUUAAACCACAUGUGCACUUGAGUGAUUAUUUGUCUGAUCGCCCUGUUUUAAUUUCACAUUAUAUGAACUUUCACUUUUGAGGAAAUACAACAGAUUUAUUUGUAUUUCGAGCAAAACUUGAAAGUUCUCACUCAGUUGUAGAUCUGACUAUGGAAACCAAAGCACACUUUGUCUCUGGCUCAUGUUCACAAAGGGUUACAGAUACAUCUCUAAGGAGGCUUCAGCAUGUUUAUCAUCUUUCAUUCAUUUGUCAGUGUUUUGGCCACCCCCCUUUUCUGUUGGUGUGUCUUUACCGAUUGUCAUGUACCUGACAAAGCCUUAGAUUACACUUAAUGGGUCCCAGCCCAAUCACUUUGAAUCGCCAUGCAGGUAAAGAACACCAGUGAUGUUUUAUAGAUCUCUCACAUGCCGCUUAUGAUCUUUUUAGUUCCUUCUCUUUGUGUAAAAGUAACAAUCUUUGAAAUGCUUAUGUGUUAUGUACUACUUAAGGAUUUGAAUCUAAAGAUAUGUAGUUGUAGUUUUUUUUUUUGUUUGUUUUGUUUUUUUUUCGGGUUUUUUUUUUUUUUUGCCUUACUAUAUAUUACUUGAGAACAUUGAUAUAGCCGUUGUAGAUUUUGAGGUAGUUUGACAUUCAUAACUUUUUCAAACCAUAUAAAUGAUAAUGUGUUGAGUCAGUUUUAAAUAUUCACUUCAUUCAUAUAGCUGGAUGUAUUUUUAAGUUGAUGUUACAUUAUCAGUUAAUUUUGUUGAUGAAAGACUGUUUUGAUACAAGGAAAGAGAGGAAUUCAUUUGCUGCCACUGCAGCAGCAUCUCCAAGUAGACAAAAAAAAAACAACUAAUGUUUUAACCAACUUAAAUUUUCCUUGUAACAUGUCAAGAUUAUGUUUGAAAAUAUAUUGUACUGAGAUAGAGAUUGUCCAUGUUAAGAGUAAAAAAUGAUUUUCUACUGUAUCCAUUUCAAAAAGAUAUAUACUUUUGUUUGAAUAUUUCUUAAGUUUGCCCUGAAUGUCAGGCCAAAACGAGCAGUGAGAUUGACGGGUGUUCGGAUGUUUGUUUGGACAGUGAGAUUACGAAGCGAGAAAGCAAAGACUUUUCCACACUGGAGAAGUCCAGCAUGCUGCAGACGAUGAGUUCUAACCUAAGGGACGAAGGUUGACUUUUUGCACUUCUGUAUAUAGUCAAAUGAACAGAGAAAAAAAAAUGUGUAUCAUAUUGAGAUAUUAUUUUGAAUAAAAAAAGAUCUAUAAUUAUAAGGAAUUUUGUUAGAUUAAUUUAAAUUCUUAAAUUAGAAGACCAGCUAAAAAAAAUUGCUUGCAAAGAAGGGCACUAGUUUCUUGGCCAAUGCAUUCAGAGAAAGCUAUGCGCUUUUUGUCUUAUUUUAUCAGUGGCUAGUAUCGCCAGGGAAUGCUGUAGGGGAAUAGCUUUCCCCUCGUCAUGCUAACUCCAUCCCUCCUGUAGGAUGACAUAUUCAGUGAUAUCCAUGUAUCAUAUGUUGGACUUGCUCAUGCAGUAUUGCUGCUCCCAUGGUACAGUUGAUACGUAAAACUUAUCAAAAAAUUGUAUUCUACUUUGAUUUGACUGCAUGUAAAAGUACAAACAUGUAAACAAAAGAAACUGCGUAGUUACAGUAUGUAAGGAAAGAUAACACAUUCAGACUCCAGAGCACACAGUAGUAUGUUUGUUUGAAUUAUACAUACAGUAGAUAACAUCCACAAUGGGGAGAAUUAAUACUUCAAAAACAAGUCAUCUUACUCUUGUGUGAUAAAAUAUUUUGCAAGCAAACAUGUUAUCCAGAAUGAUAAAAAAUAUUAGCACUCAUCCACCCCAGAUACUUUCUCUUAGCCAUAUAAUUACAGUCGACCCUGACUCACAGGCAGUUGUUCCUGCUGUCAUCUCUGUGCACUCAGCAGGUGAAAACCCACCACACCAAAUGCAUAUUUUGGCAAAUUAGUAUUUUAAAUGAAUGUAGCAGUCGCCAGUCAACAUCAGUGUGAUUCUGACUCGAGGCUGCUGUGUAGUCGCUGCAAAACCAAAGCAACAAACCACAUGUCCAGUUUCCUGGCUGGAACCAAGGUUUCUCUUCCCUGCUGGGGGCACACCUAUGCUUUGACUGCUUUUUUCCUUGUAAGUGCAACCACCAGUUAUGUAUUUGCUAACAGUUGCAACAUAAUAAUGUACUCUUCUGGCUUCAGAUUUGUUUAUGCACAUUUUAUUGUUGCCAUAAUUGACUCUUGCUGUAUGGAUUUUAAAAAUUCUGAAUAAAACAAUAUUUGAUUUGCUCAUGCAACAGUUGU